CUGGCGGCUAUUUUCUUUCUUUUUCUUUGAACUUUGUUGUUCCCAGGUGUUGUAAAUCAUUGCUGUUUUACGGCACACGGCUACUGUACCAUCCUUCUAGAGCGCAGGCCUUCCAGCGGGUUCACAGGCGGGUUUUAGGCGCUGGGUCCCUUUUCCCCGGGGGCGAUUGCCGAAGCACAGCACUGCACGUCAGGCAGAUCAAUCGUCAAACCGCUAAAUUUCAAUAUCAAAAAGUUCAUUUUGUAUUGAAUUUGGCUAUUUUCAACUUCUGGUCAUUUGGGAAAAUUUACGAGGAAUUUUCUACGCAUUUCGUUCUACAGUCACAGCACUCAGUCGAAACAAGUGAAAAAAAACUUCUUACGUCUCACUCAGAAGCGUCCACAGGAACGUGCGUGCACUGUGUUUGACAGAACAAGCCCAGCCAACCACAGCGCCGUCCACUUUUCCAUCCAACCAGCAGACGCAAAACCUUCUCAAAGCCGUAAUGACAACGAGGCGCAGAGACUUGUCUGUGGUCUGACGCAGCCGAACUGCAAGAAAACAAAACGUUGGCACUUUGUGACCAGGGGACCUUGCGCCCCCCGUCUACGCUUGGCUGACUUGCUUAGGCCGUCGGGCAUCUGCCGCAUCGGUUGGUGUUCCCUUUCUCAUUCCUUGAUGCUUCCCGUCGUAACUGUCGUCCAUCUCCAUGUCGUCGCAUGACUGGUUUUCGUAGUGAGAGUUCGUCAAUAAGAGGCGUUAAAAAUAUCACGCCUCCCAUUUCAUCGAUUUUAUUUUCAUCCGUCGCUUGUCGCGCUUUUUCGUCCAUGUCACUGCCGCCCCUCGCCCAAUGUUCUUUUGUUGACCCCACCAGACCCGACACCGGCCGUCGCUGCGCCGGCGUAAUCCGCCUGCUCACCUGACCCGCACUCGGCGCUGCAGAGGGACAAUGCGGCCAAGCAAGAAAGAACCUUGAGAAAUCGUAAUGCCCCCGCCGCCCAUCAACGUGUCCACCAUCCAAGAAAGCCUGCCGGUUUUAUUUUUUGUUGUUCAAGAUCUCCUGCUAGGCUCACGACGUCACCAAAAGCAUUCAUCGCCAUCCACUUGAACAGAUCUAGUAGUAGCAAAUCAUGGCUCUCAAUGUCCUUCCCACCGCUGUCCCCAUCGACUUUGGGCCCAUCGACCUGCCCUUUGUCGAGCAGAACCUCUUCGAUGACUUGGUCGUGUUGCUAAAGGAGGCUCUCGGUCCGUCGUCGGGACUGACGUCUGCCGACGUCAACGUGAAUUUUCUGGCUCGUCUCAUGAAGUUGUAUGAUAGUCGAGACAUGAACUGGUCCAAGUAUGCCUUUGGCGAUCGCAGUCGGGGGUACACCAGAAACCUCGUCGAUGAGGGCAACGGUAAAAGCAAUCUGCUCGUCCUCGUAUGGUCGCCAGGAAAGGGUAGCCCUAUCCAUGACCACGGCAAUGCCCACUGCCUCAUGAAGAUUCUCAAGGGCAAUCUCACCGAGACUCGCUAUGAGUUUCCCCAAGAGGGCAGCGCCCCAGGCUCAAUGAAGGUCAUCUCUGAAAAGACAUACCAAGAGAACCAAGUCGCCUACAUGGCGGACGAACUUGGCCUCCACCGCAUAUCCAACCAGGGCGACGACUUCGCCGUGUCCCUCCACCGUAAGAAAAACCCCUCAACCAAAACCACAACAACAUUUGUCGGUCGCAGCUAACGUCUUUCUCUUCAGUGUACACUCCUCCCAACGUAGCCAAAAAGGGAUGCCACAUCUUUGACGAAAAGACGGGCAGACGGAGUCAUGUGCCCGGUUGCGCGUACUACUCGGCGUACGGCAGGCUGCUCAAGGAGUAGGAAGGGGGGAUGAGAUGGUUGUGUAUCUCAUGAUCGAGUAAGGGUUUAUUGCAUAAGGGCGUUUUCUUUUUUCCUUUGAUUUUCGCAAGUAUUUCUUUUGCUGUCUUUCUUGUUUAGCUGCUUGCCGUCCUCAUUCAGGCCACAAGGCGGCAAAAUCUGCGGCCCCACAGUGUUGAUGAGGUGGUGAUGAUGAGCGACGACUUUCCAUAGCGAUACAUGUAGCCUUUUAGGUAUGAAAUAGAAUGUUUCCAAGACCUUCAAGACCUCC